CUCUAGGUCAAAUCUUCUGCCCUAAGGAACGAAAGCACGAGCCAUCGGGGAAAGCGCACACAGGAAAUUCUCAAAUUGCCAGUUUUUUGAGAACUUCCACUCCUCAGCAACCUCGACAACGACCAUUCGAGCUCAUCCGCCACCAUGAAGCUCAACAUCAGCCACCCGAGCAACGGCUCGCAGAAGCUGAUUGACAUCGAAGAUGAACGGAAGGUCCGGAUUUUCAUGGACAAGCGCAUGGGCGCUGAGGUCCCUGCCGACAGCCUGGGCGACGAGUGGAAGGGCUACAUCUUCCGCAUCACCGGCGGUAACGACAAGCAGGGCUUCCCGAUGAAGCAGGGUGUCAUGCACCCGACUCGUGUCCGACUCCUCCUCUCCGACGGGCACUCGUGCUACCGGCCUCGACGCACCGGCGAGCGCCGGAGAAAGUCCGUCCGUGGCUGCAUUGUCGCCCAGGACCUCUCCGUCCUCGCUCUCUCGAUCGUCAAGGUCGGCGACGAGGACAUCCCCGGCCUCACCGACGUCGUCCACCCCAAGCGUCUCGGCCCCAAGCGUGCCACCAAGAUCCGAAAGUUCUUCGGCCUCAGCAAGGAUGACGAUGUCCGAAAGUACGUGAUCCGACGAGAGAUCCAGCCCAAGGGUGAGGGCAAGAAGCCCUACACCAAGGCGCCCAAGAUCCAGCGUCUGGUCACUCCCCAGCGUCUCCAGCACAAGCGUCACAGGAUCGCGCUCAAGCGCCGGCAGGCCGAGAAGGUGAAGGACGAGGCUAAUGAGUACGCCCAGGUCCUGGCCAAGCGCGUUGCCGAGGCCAAGUCCCUCAAGGCCGAUCUCCGCAAGCGUCGUGCCAGCUCCAUGCGCAAGUAGGCAUCUGGCGUUUGGCAGGAAAUGGAUUCCGGUUUGCAUUUUUCCAGAAAAGGCUUCUGGCGUGGCUCAGGUGCCAGUUCAUCGUUGGUCUGUAAAUGGCAUUAAAACCCUCGGGCAGAAUACUCAGAAUGGGAGGACAAUGAAGACAAUGAAUAAGCCGAUGUGCUUUGAUUGUGAUGCAAGCCAACCUGCAUGAGCGCGUGAGCGCUUGGGUUUCAGAAACCAUGCUCUCUAGAUCUCCAUGUCAAUGAAUGCUACCGUUCCCGCAAGCCCUGUCCUAUCCUGGAAGAAGUUUUCAAGAUAUAUA